GUGCUGGGUGUCUCCGUGGACUCCGAGUAUUCGCAUCUGGCCUGGAUUCAGAUGUCUCGUGACGAGGGUGGCCUAGGAGACAUCGAGUAUCCUCUUCUCUCGGACCUGAAGAAGGAUCUAGCUGUGUCUUAUGGUGCCGGGGACCUACUGGGGAACAGGGUGUUGGCCCCCGACGGCGCCUCCUUCCGGGGGCUCUUCAUUAUCGACAGGGAGGGUGUCGUGCAGCACUCGACCAUCAAUAACAAUGCUUUCGGCCGCAACGUGGACGAGGAAGGGGCCAAAAGCGCGCUUGACAUUUGCCGUGUGGGGUCACUCUUGAUUCAUAGACCAAUAUAG